AUGGAAGUCUUUGCCUCCCCCAAGCCCGAGGAAUCCCAUGAGGAAGAUCAGCAGGAAAAGCAAGAGGAGGGGGGAGCCAGGGAAGGCGGGCAGCCUGGGGAAGUUGCUCCACCUUCUUCGUCCCAAGACCCUGAACCCGAGGUAGCUGAUUCCCUUAAGGAGGAAAAGGAGUCGGCACCCGAGCCCCAGUCCAGGGAUGGGACUCCACCUCAGAGCUCCGGAUCUGGAGGGAGAGCCUCUGGAGCACCCCCAGCAGAACCAGACGCUGCAGUUAGCCCUGCCUCUUCAGAACUAAGUUCAGAAGGUCCUCCUCAGCUGAGGCCAGGUCCACAGGGCCUUACCUCACCUACCAAGACUGAACAUGACAGUCAUGCAAUUUCAGUGGCUGGGGAGCCUCGUCCUAGCCAUUCAGAACAAGUUCCUUAUGAAAGAGAAGCAACUCUUCACUUUACUGGAUCAGAGGAAUCCUCCUCUUACCUUUCCCAACAACCCCAGUAUCUUCCCCAGGACAUGAAUCAGAACAUCAAUCCACCAGAAGAACACACAAAUGCAGACAUUUUUCAUCAUGAUGAAUCCAACAGUAACUCUGAUCUCUCUCAGCUAGAACUUGGGCUAACGCAAAAGGGUGCACCUGAACCUGCUGCACCUAGUAAGCUAGAGAUUGCUGCCCAGAAUGCUAAGGCAUAUCUGCUGAAGAAAAGUAGCAAAUCGGGCCUAAAUCUAUACGAUCAUCUCUGUGAGAUGCUGACUAGAAUUUUAGAUCAACGUCCUGAAAAUGUUGUUGACAUCAUUGAAAAUAUCAGUCAAGAUGUGAAAAAGGCUCAUUUUAAUAAGAAAUUGGACACACUCCAAGAUGAACAUGAGGUACCUUUGGCAUAUGAACUAGCAGAGAAGCAAAAAACACUUUUUCUCCAAGGAAAUUUAGAAGGUGAUCAAGAACAGGAAGAUGAAAUAGCAGAAACCCCUCUUCCAAAUAUAAUGGAAUCAGCUUUCUAUUUUGAGCAAGCCGGAGUUGGUUUAAGUACAGAUGAAACCUACCGCAUUUUUCUUGCCCUCAAACAGCUCACUGACACACAACCAAUACACACAUGCCGCUUCUGGGGGAAAAUCUUGGGUCUAGAGAUGAAUUACAUUGUGGCUGAAGUGGAAUUCCGUGAAGGGGAAGAUGAAGAGGAGAUAGAAGAGGAAGAUAACAUUGAAGAAAGUGAGGCAGAUGAAGAUGAGGAAGAUGAAUUACCUAAGUCUUCUUACAAGGGCCCACAAGUGAUACCAAAAGAAGACAACAGAACAGGUGCCAACAAAUACACCUACUUUGUGUGCAAUGAGCCAGGAAGGCCUUGGGUAAGCUUACCGUCAGUGACACCAGCACAAAUUGUUAUUGCAAGGAAAAUCAAGAAAUAUUUCACUGGACGAUUAGAUGCUCCUAUCAGGAGUUAUCCCCCCUUUCCAGGAAAUGAGAGUAAUUACUUGCGGGCGCAAAUCGCUCGAAUUUCAGCAGGAACUCACAUUAGCCCUCUAGGUUUCUAUCAUUUUGGAGAAGAAGGUGAAGAGGAGGAAGAGGUAGAAGGUGGACAGGAUAAUUAUGAGAAGAAUCCUGAUUUUGAAGGCAUCCGAGUCACUGAGCUAGUAGAAUCCCUGUCCAACUGGGUUCACCAUGUGCAACAUAUUCUACCUCAGGGCCGGUGUAACUGGUUUAACCCCAUACAAAAAAGUGAAGUAGGGGAAGAGGAAGAGGACGAAGUAGAAGAGGAAGAAGUAGAAGAAAAAAGAGAGGAGCCAGAUAACAUUGAACCAGAAAUGGGGCCACCUCUUUUGACUCCAAUCUCUGAAGAUUUAGAAAUUCAGAACACACCUCCUUGGACAGCCCAGUUAUCUUCAAAUUUGAUUCCUCAAUAUGCUAUUGCAUUCCUUCGAUCUAACCUUUGGCUUGGAGCAUAUGUCUUUUCUGAUGGCAAAAAGUUUGAGAAUCUUUACAUAGGUUGGGGUCAUAAAUACAGUCCAGACAAUUAUACACCUCCACUUCCACCACUUGUUCAACCAGAGUACCCCAGGGGGAUAGAUAUCAUGGAGAUAGAUGACCCCACUGUGGAUGAGGAGCAGGCUUUCCAGGUUGCCCAAGAGAAAGCUUUAUUUGAAUCUGAAAAAAUUGAAGAGACUGAAGAAGAAGAAGAUGAUGAUGAUGAAGAUGAAGAUGACUAAUAAGAAUGGAAAAACGAACUCAGUACCUCAAGUCUGUACCAAAUGGUUUCGAUUAUUGCUGCUUUAUAAUAGCUAAGUGGUGACUCUCCAGGCCUGAAGUUAGG